GCCAAUAUCCACGGCUGGCCUCAGUUAAGUUGCGAGCAGCAGUCGACGGUCAGCAAUCGCGACAUUUGAUCUUCUUCGUUCCCGCUUCUCUCUUUGUUGUUUUAUUGUUCUAUUUGCCUGAAUCUCUCUCACAAUAUGUCGGAUCCGUCUUCAAUCAAUGGUGGCGCAAUCGUGGCCAUGGUCGGAAAGGAUUGCGUUGCUAUCGCCUGUGACAUGCGUCUCGGCAUGCAAGCCCUCACAGUUUCCAACGAUUUCCCAAAGAUCUAUCAGUACAACAACACCUUCAUCGGCCUAGCAGGUCUUGCUACCGAUGUUCUCACUCUGUCCGAGGUGUUUAGAUAUAAAGUGAACAUGUACAACCUACGAGAAGAACGUGAUAUCGAGCCAGAAACAUUCGCAAAUCUUGUCUCAUCUACUCUUUACGAGAAGAGAUUCGGACCAUACUUCGUCGGACCUAUCGUCGCAGGAAUCAACUCAAAGACCGGAAAACCGUACAUCUGCGGUUUCGAUUUGAUCGGAUGCAUCAACUUUGCAAAGGACUUUGUCGUCGGCGGAACAACAAGUCACCAGCUUUUCGGAAUGUGCGAGAGUUUAUGGGAGCCCGAUUUGGAGCCCGAGGACCUGUUUGAAACAAUCUCGCAGGCGCUUAUGAACGCCCAGGAUCGCGAUGCCAUGAGUGGUGCCGGCGGUCUCGUUUACAUCAUAACGAAGGAUAAGAUUGUCAAGCGUCUGCUAAAGACCCGGCAAGAUUAGAGACCGAGUGGGAAGAUUAAGGCGUGGAAUUGCUUCUAUUCUAGUUUCAAAGUAUUCGAUGUACUGCUAGAAAGCAGCUAUCUCACAACGUUAAUAAAGCAUUGAAUGAUAAAAUG